GUUCCAGGGGGCCAGGCAGCCGGCACUGAGGCACUGAGGCUGGUGCGUGGCGGGGCCUCUCUGAGAGGUGACUGAACCGAAACGCAGGCUGAGCCAUCAAGGAGGCCAGCUCCAGCCAGCCCGCGAGCCGAUGCCCUCUGCCCACAUGGCCCUCCUGGGCGCGUGCCAUGCUGGUCACCGUGUACUGUGUGCGCAGGGACCUGUCCGAGGCGACCUUCUCCCUCCAGGUCAGCUCUGAGCUUGAGCUCUACAAUUUCCGCGUCCUCUGCGAGCUGGAGUCCGGCAUCCCCGCCGAGGAGGCGCAGAUCAUCUUCAUGGAGCGAAUCCUCCUGGACGACCACUGCUCCCUGGGCUCCUACGGCCUCAGAGACGGCGACAUGGUGGUUCUGCUUCAGAAUGACAACAUGGGGCCCCCUUCUGUGGGACGGACGUCAAACCUGCCGCGAGUGGAUUUCGCUGGGAUAGCCACGCCUGGGACCUCCAGCGCCCGGCAGCAGCAUCAGCAGCAUCAGCAGCAGCAUCAGCAGCAUCAGCAGCAUCAGCAGCAUCAGCCGCAGGCGCCGCGGGCACAAUCGGUCCAGCAGUUCCGAGGCUUGGACUCGGGAGAGAUGCCCUCGGCUCACGGCGUGGAAAGCCCUGCCCUGAUCCGGAGCAUGCUGCUCUCCAACCCCCACGACCUGUCGCUGCUGCGGGAGCGCAACCCCCCCUUGGCGGAGGCCCUGCUCAGCGGAAACCUGGAGACAUUCUCUCGGGUCCUGACGGAGCAGCGACGGGAGAGGGACCUGCGAGAGCGGGAGAAGCUUCGCCUCUACUCCGCCGACCCCUUCGACCUGGAAGCCCAGGCCCGGAUCGAAGAAGAAAUCCGGCAGCGAAACAUCGAGGAAAACAUGAACAUCGCCAUGGAGGAGGCCCCCGAGAGCUUUGGGCAGGUGGCCAUGCUGUACAUCAACUGCAGAGUGAACGGCCACCCCAUGAAGGCCUUCGUGGACUCGGGCGCGCAGAUGACCAUCAUGAGCCAGGCCUGCGCCGAGCGGUGCAACAUCAUCCGCCUGGUGGACCGGCGGUGGGCGGGGAUCGCGAAAGGGGUGGGCACGCAGAGGAUUAUCGGCCGCGUCCACCUAGCUCAGAUCCAGAUCGAAGGCGAUUACUUGCCCUGCUCCUUCUCCAUCCUCGAGGAGCAGCCCAUGGACAUGCUCCUCGGGCUCGACAUGCUCAGGAGGCACCAGUGUUCCGUGGACCUGAAGAGGAACGUGCUGGUGAUCGGCACCACGGGCACUCAGACCCCCUUUCUUCCGGAGGGGGAGCUACCCCCGUGUGCCAAGCUCGUAAGUGGUCCUGGGCAAGACGAGUCUUCGGACAAGGAAGCAGCAAAUGCUAUUAAACAUUCGGUCAAGGGACCAGGACGGAAAAAGCAUUGAAACAGUUCAGAAAUCAACCAGCAACCGGAGGGGAUCUCAGGUUCCCGGGAAUUAUAAGACACGAGCUCCCCGGCAAUGUAACCAUUAAAAACAUCGGUAACCGCUAA